UAGAGGCAUUCAAAUCUUUCCGGGACGCGCUGGCGACUGGAUCAUGCCCGGAUCGUGGAUCUUUCCCGCAUUGUAGCUCCUAAUUGGAGCGAUGGAUUUGUCCGGGGCGAUGGCAGUGGAUCUCAAGAAGAGCAUGUCGCAGGCGUACAGGAGGCCAGGAUCGAAAGAAGAGGGCCAGAAUGGGAGCGACGCGGCGGCGCCCAAUCCUUACAGCAGUCCAGCCUCGUCGAUGACCAGUGCCUCCUCGCUGAGCAAAUCUGGGAAUCAAAGGGCGGAAGCGAUCGCCGAGGCUCAUCGAGGGAGAGUGGAGGCCGAGGCACAGGCUUAUUUGGAUGCUACCAUGCGCAAGACCGAAGCUCGAGCUCAGCGUCUACAGGAUAAAGUCGAGAGGCAAAGAAUGUACGAGGAAGCUAAAGCUCUUGAGAGUCACAAAAGGGAGGAGCAACGAGCGGAUCAAGUGGUUCACAAUGCGGAGGUAAAGGCUGAUAAGAUCCUGGCAAGAGCUCGGCAAGAGUCGCAAAGAAUAAAAUCCCAUGCGAACGAGGAAACCGAGAAAUCCAUAGCCAACGCGCAUACAAAAGCCGAAAGGAUGAAAGCCGAGAUCGAAGAGGCAAAACGCAGAGAGCUCGCGGACAUUGUCGAUCGCGUCCAGCAAAUGAUCGUCAUUGGGCAGCUCCCCAGCCAACACGAGCCCAGCAAUCUGGUGAAGAAGGUGAAGCAAUUUGCUUGCUACAUUUGAGAACUUCAACUUAAAGCAGGGAGUCAUCAC